AUGGCCGACUUUCAGCCGCCAGCUUCGUGGCGCUCGGCUGCUGAAGUCGACAAAGACUUAAUAGCAGCUACCUUGGUUCCAGAUUUUGAUCUCAACGCAUCAAGUCUCUACCGAUUCCCCUUGGUGAUAUUCCGUUGCAGACGGUCGGCAGUGACCUGUACGGCGAUCAAGAGAUGGCUCAAGCAUCGCUGUGACCGUUUGGCGUUACAUCAUAGCAUGCUACGCAUCGAAACCCAGCACAUUCACGAGCUCGACGCAGCCUCAGACGCGACGUUGCUGUGGAUGCCUGGAGUGGCCCAGAUUAAGAACGUUGAAGCAUCGAUCUUGGCGGGACUGGUACCCAAGGAUCACAACAUUCGUUGGUUCUACAGCGUGUUUCCAAUGGAUACUCUCAUGGUCAGUCUAGACGCUGUAAAUUACAUCACUCUCAGAAAAGUAAUGCCAUACGACACACGUAGCUACCAGCGCUUGCUCACCGUUUUCCGCGAAGAAUUUCUCCGUGCCUUGCAAGUCCCACAUUCACCAGACUACCUCAACGCUAUGGCUUUAACCGACUAUGCUCCAGAGGUGCUAGAUCACGAAGCAGCUCUCGUGAAAUUAUCGCGUGCCGAUAUUUUGCACACGGGAGAGGAGAGAGACCUUGCGGCUGAUCGUUACCUCCUCGAGCUCUCGCCUUCGGAGCGGAUGCUAUCCGCGCUGGUGAACCUGGAGUGUGCUGAGUACUUGUUGAUCAAGCGGAUGUUCUUCAAAGAUAGGUACUUGCACAUACAUCGACGCCCGCUCAAAGACAGGCCUCGAACAGAAAGAGAACAUACUAGCUGGCUAGAGGAUAACGUUCAAUGCACGCCAGCUCAAGCAAAGAAACUGGUGCUUGGGUGGCGUGAGCUAGGAAUUCUCAACGAGAAGCGAUUCACCUUCCUCGUGAAGCACGGGGGGGUGUUCGAACAGGACGAAUGGGGGAAUGACUUCGUCUGA